AUGUGUUUUAAGAUACAAUCAGUUACGAGUACUGUCGACUUGUCCCUUGCUGCAUUUACACACUAUGUCUACAAGAUAAAUGAUCAUAAGAGGCUGGUUGCUGAUCUACAAGGGGCUGGUGAAUAUCUUACCGACCCCCUCAUUCUAGAUGUCAAAAAUGCCUGGGUUGAGGAGACCAACACCGCUCAAGAGGGUAUUGAAAAGUUCAAGAAGGAUCAUCAAUGCUAUUCACUCUGUCGGGAUCUAGGACUUCCACUUUUACCAGGUCGUUCCUUGAAUCAUGAACAUGAGAUCAUUCAUGAAGAAGAUAUGAUCGCCCAAGCAAAAUCCAAAGGACAUGACUAUGAUCAUGAUGCUCGUAAAUAUUCUUUUGCUGAUAUCUUCAGUAGUAUUCCCAGUGAACAACCUGCAGAAGAUGAUUGGGGAAAGAGACUUCGGCCAAAGAAAAAAACUUAA